UUGAGUUCAGCUGGACGAGCGUGAAUGCCAUCACGAAAGUCAACAAAAAUAGUAACUAAUAUUCACAUCCUGAAUUCCUGAUGUUAAUGUAAUAAAACGAUUUUGCAAGGUUCAAACGUGCAACCAGAUGUUGUGAUCACAAUGGAUUUUAACUCGUCAAUUACUCCGGGAUUUUGUCCGGAAUGUGGUUCGGUACUGCCUUUGCUACAAAUGACGGGCAAUGUGAGGUGUUACAACUGCCUGAAAAUCUACGACGAAGCAUUUUUCGGCACCAUGGAAAUUCGAACCACAAUCCAUUUCAAUUCGUACAAAAGCAGAAAGGACCAGCAGCUGGAUAGCAGAAAAGCAGCCGCUGACGAGGAAGCAGAAGGCCCAAUUGUGGCGCGUAAAUGCCCCAAAUGUGGCAACGACAAGAUGUCGUAUGCUACCCUGCAGCUGCGAUCGGCCGAUGAAGGGCAGACCGUGUUCUUCACGUGCACCAAGUGCAAGUUCAAAGAAUCAGAAAACUCAUGAAGGCAAUGUUAUACCCUGCUGAUUUAUUUUUCAUAAUAAAUUUGUUUGAAAUAUAUUUAUUUUUUUCUAAUUCUAA